GUUCAGAGCUGGAGGCAGGCGAACACCUGGCAUUUUGCACGAUAGACGGCCACAACCCGCUGCAACAAGUCAGUGGUAGUCGCUGAGCAAGCGCAAAAGCUCGAAGCGUGCGCGCAGCCAUGUAUUCAAGAGCCUCAGCGCGUGCCCAGGCCUUGGCGACGUCGAAAGUGGCACCGCGUUGCAAGUCCACGCGCGCUGCGCCAUUGAGGACGUCCGGGGGACGCGCCGUACCGCGGGCGGCGGCAUUGCAGAAGGCGUCGGCGAGCACCGCGUUGCAGCGCGCGGCACCGACGGCGGCGCCGAUGAAAGCGCCGACGAAAGCUGCCACGCGCAGCAAGUCCAUGGCCGCGGCCAGCGUGGCGCCCGCGUCGACGUGGCUGACGACGCGCGCCUUGCCGAACGACCUGGGCGAGAUCCACAUAGUCUCGUCGGGGCUCCUCGAGUCCGACACGCCCGGGAACGGCGGCCUCCGAGUAUGGAAUUACGCCGACAAGGCCGCGGCGACGAAGGAGGCCGAGGGCCUCGCCGUGGCCAUGUCGGCGAAGCACAAGACCUACAACACGGGCUUCGCCGGCGCGAAGGUCGUCUGCGCGGCGGACAAGCCCGUCGCCGACUGGACCGCGGUCGCCGUCUGCGUGGAAAUCAACAUUUCACUGCGCGUUCGUGCUGAAUCGUUGCGUCGUCCUCCACGCCAUCGACGCGACGCCUGCUCGAUGGCGUGGCGAUGCCGGUUCCUCGCCGCUCGACCGAGCCAGGACAGCCGCGUCGUCGCCGAGGAAUGACUGAGUGAAGAAUUAUCGGGUGCACCCGACGCACUGGUUGAUUUCCACACAGGCCGACCGCGAGACCCUCCUCGAUGCGACGGCGUCCCUGCUCGAGGAGCUCGACGGCGCCAUGUACACGGGCUGCGACAUGAACACGACGCCGGCCAUGAUGCAGUCGCUGCACGACCGGUGCGGGGGCCGCUACGUCCUGGCGGCGCUCGCGAACGAGACGUGCUGCCCGAACACGGCGACGGCCGCGGGCGUCCUGGGCGCGGUGACGGCGUGCGUCGACGGCGACGUGCGGGGCAAGACUUUUGUGGUUCACGGCUGCGGCGGCGUGGGCGGCGCCGUCGCUGCGGGUCUUGUGGAGCUCGGCGCGGCCUCGGUCAAGACGGUGGACCUCGACCUGAAACGGGCCGCGAUCCCGGGCUGCGAGGUCCUGGACCCCGAGGCCAAGUGGUGGGCCGUCGACUGCGACGCGCUCGUGCCCUGCUCGGCGUCCGGCGUCCUGACGGCGGAACGGGCGUCCGAGCUCAUUUGCCGGUCCGUCGUCGGCGCGUCGAACCUGCCCUUCGCGUCCGUCGAGGCGCGCCGCGUCGCGGAGGCGCGGUGCGUCGUCGCGCCCGAGGGCGUCACGUCCGCCGGCGCCGUGAUCGUGGACUCGAUCGAGCACUACGCCCCGCUCAACUUCCGCGAGGCGCCGCCGUCCAAGGUGUACGACUUCACGUUCGAGGCGGUGCGAGCGAAGACGGACGAGCUGCUGGCGGCGGCGGCGGCGGACGGCGUGUCGCCCACGGUGGCCAUCCCGCUCGUCGAGGAGGCCGACCCGCGGCGCAUCGGCGAGCGCUACUCGUCGUGGCUGGCCACGGACGCGCGGGACCGGGUCGGCGGUUUUUUGCAGGAGCACGUGGCGGCCGCGCGCCCGGCGGCCCCGGCGCCGACCGGCGCGCGGCGGCCGCCGCAGAAGAUGGCCGGCCGGCGGUCGUUCUCGACGACGAGCGCGCGGACGUGCGACACGCUCGUCGUCGGCGGCGGCGUCAUGGGCCUGAACAUCGCCUACCAGCUGAAGCGGCGCGACCCGGAUCAUCAAGUCACGGUCCUCGAGGCCGCGCCGGCGCUCGGCGCCGGCUCGAGCGGCUACUCGACGGGCUUCCAGCGGGCCUACUACUCGUUCGACGAGACCAUGGGCUUCGCCUUAGAUGGGAUCAACGCGCACAAGAACUGGCAGGACUACCUCGCCGACACGAGCGCCGUGGCUAGGUUCGUCGAGACGGGCGCGCUCUGGAUGCUAGGCUACGACGAGGCGCAGAACGCGGCCAUGGUCGAGCGAUUGGCCAAGUUCGGCGUCGGCGCCGACGUCCUGGACGAGGCCGCGAUGGGCGAGCGCUUCCCGCUUAUCAAUUGUGAUCCCAUGCCCAAGUUCGACGCCGAGGGCAACGAGGUCGACCAGGGGCUCGGGGCCUUCUCGGCCGUCUACGAGCACGGCUGCGGGCACAUGGACUCGUCGACGUGCCUCGAGGACCUCCACCGCGCGUGCGUGCGCGACGGCGUGGACUUUCGGUUCAAGACCAAGGUCGCCAAGUUCACGCUCGACGGCGGCCGGUGCACGGGCGCGCAGCUCGCGGACGGCUCCGCCAUCGAGGCGGCGACGACGGUCAACGCCGCGGGGCCCUGGUUCAACGCUCUCAACGAGACCGUGGGCGUGAAGAACUCGACGACGUCGCUGCCGACGCGCAUCCAGGUGGGCCACAAGUACAUCCCCGACGAGUACUGCUCGCUGCCCUUCGUCGCGGACGGCUGGGGCGACUCGGGCAUCUACUUCAUGCCCCGCGCGGGCAACAACCAACUCGUGUUUGGUUCUGUUGCGCACCGGUUCGAGAGCGAGAUCGUGGACCCGGACGACUACAACGACGCCCUCGACCCGGACGUGAAGCGGGACUCGGUGUAGAAAUCAAAUUGUCGCGGCGCGCUCGCGUACCCGACUCACUGAUCGAUUUCCACACAGGCAGGACUACCUUAACUGCCUCUUCCACCGCCUGCCCGGCCUCGAGACGUCCGGCGAGAUCGUCGGCUUCUCGAGCAUGUACACGGUCAACCAGGACGACGUGCAUCCGGUCAUCGGCGAGUCGAACGUCCCGGGCCUCUGGGCCUGCAACGGCUUCUCCGGCCACGGCUUCAAGCUCGCGCCGGCCGUCGGGUCGCUCGUGGCCCAGCAGAUCACGGGACUCAAGACGGACGCGUGGGAGACGUCCGUGGCGCACGACUUCAUGGGGCCCGGCCGCGAGCCCCUGACCCUCAAGGUGAAGACGCACUUCGCGUGAACAACGCGUCGGUGGCGUCGUCCGGCAGCUCGCUCCCCUCCCGCCCCCCCAGCGACGCGCCUC